CAGCAUGGCUUCACACCGGCUGCUGCUUCUAUGCCUUGCUGGACUCGUAUUCGUGUCCGAGGCUGGCCCUGCGGGUCAAUCCAAGUGUCCCCUCAUGGUCAAAGUCCUGGAUGCUGUCCGAGGCAGUCCCGCUGUCAACGUGGACAUAAAGGUGUUCAAAAAAGCUGCUGAUGACACCUGGGACCUGUUCGCCGCUGGGAAAACCAGUGAAUUUGGAGAGCUCCAUGGGCUUACCACUGAGGAGAAAUUUGUAGAAGGGGUCUACAAAGUGCUAUUAGACACCAAGUCCUACUGGAAGGCUCUCGGCAUUUCCCCAUUCCACGAACUUGUAGAGGUGGUGUUCACAGCCAACGACUCGGGCCAGCGACGCUACACCAUCGCUGCGCUGCUCAGCCCCUACUCCUAUUCCACCACAGCCCUCGUCAGUGACGCCAGGGAAUGAAGGAAGCCGUCGCUGUGGCUGGAGGAGGGCAGGAGUUCAUGCAACCGAUAGUAUUCCAUUUUUAUUAAAGCAGUAUUUUCACUUUAUAAGCUAUGUUAGAAACUCAGGCAGAAACAAUAAAACAUUCCUAUU